CUCGCGAAUCCCGAUCUAAUAAAAAAAAUUCCAAUCUAAUUGUAACCCAAAAGGAAAAAAAAAAUCCCGAUCCAAUAAAGGCGAACGGCGGCACUUCGAAUCGAGGAGAUCGGCUCUUGGUCUUGGACUCUGAAGGAGCCCCAGAGGUUGGUUCCAAUGCAGCUCUCCCAUUUCUUUAUGGAGGAGCUCUAUGUUCUUCUACUUAUUCUCUAAAUAGCUUGGCGACUCUGCUCUGCCAUGCACUUUUCCAGCUCGAAAGUCUGCUAGUCAUCGGAGUAAUUAGAGUUUUUGUUGUUUUCCUGUAAAAGAGAAAUGGCCCUGAUAGGGAUGAUAUGUGAUUUGCCUUCAAGGCAAAUCCCAUAGCACCGCCAUUGUUUAAGAAAAUGAUAUUGUUUCUACUUUACAAACAUACAUUAUCUACCUUGGUUGAACUGCCGUAGAGACAGCAGACGGUCUUCACUCUAGAAGAAGGCUUUUGUUUAAAGAUGUCUAAUGAUGCUGGGACUCUGAAGGACACUUCUUCAAGUGGUACAGGUGAAGUUUCUUCCACAUCAAAAAAUGAGGUGACCUGGAAUGACACUCUAGUGAAUUUAGCACAGCAAGCAUCAGCAUAUGGGCUAGCUGCUGGCUACUGCUUAUCGGCAUCACUCCUUUCCAUAAUCAACAAAUGGGCAAUCAUGAAAUUUCCAUACCCAGGUGCUUUGACUGCCUUGCAAUAUUUCACUAGUGCAUUUGGAGUUCUAAUUUGUGGAUGGCUGAAACUUGUGGAGCAUGACCCCAUUGAUCUCAAGACCAUGUGGAAGUUCUUGCCUGCUGCUAUCAUCUUCUAUCUCUCUCUCUUCACAAAUAGCGAAUUACUCCUCCAUGCCAAUGUCGAUACUUUCAUUGUGUUCCGAUCUGCUGUUCCCAUAUUUGUAGCCAUUGGAGAGACACUCUACCUGAAGCAGCCAUGGCCUACGCAUCAGACAUGGAUUUCACUUGUCACUAUCUUUGGAGGUAGUGUGAUCUAUGUCCUGACAGAUUACCAAUUCACUGUGACCGCCUACAGUUGGGCUUUGGCUUAUCUUGCAAGCAUGACAAUAGAUUUCGUGUACAUUAAGCAUGUCGUCAUGACCAUCGGCCUCAACACAUGGGGCCUGGUGCUCUACAACAAUCUGGAAGCACUGGUGCUGUUUCCCCUGGAGCUGCUUAUAAUGGGAGAGCUGAAGAAGAUAAAACAUGAGAUCUCUGAUGAAUCUGACUGGUAUUCAUUUGACGUGGUUUUGCCUGUGGCCCUAUCAUGCUUGUUUGGUUUGUCCAUUUCCUUCUUUGGGUUCUCUUGCAGACGGGCAAUCUCAGCGACAGGCUUCACAGUGCUUGGAAUAGUGAACAAGCUUCUGACUGUGGUGAUAAAUUUGGUCAUAUGGGAUAAGCAUUCCACCCUGGUAGGAACAAUCGGUCUGUUGAUAUGCAUGUUUGGAGGUGUACUCUACCAGCAGUCCACGGCCAAGCCUAAGGCGACUAAAAAUGAAACGAAGUCCCAAAUCAGUGAUGAGGAGCAGCAGCAGUUGCUAGAAAUGCAGAAUAUAGAAACUGAUUCAACUGAAAAAAUACAUCUUGUUUCAGAACACCCAAAAUGAUUCUUGCAAUUAACUUGCGGUCCUUUGAGGGCACAAUUCAUUACCAAUCAUCCAUUCCAGUAUUCUUUAUAAUCUGCACUCGUAAGAGUGACACAGGAUACAUGUCUAAUGUGGGGAAAAUCAUGACCUUUGAAAUUUAUGUAAGUAAAAGAUGGAAUUAUCAAAAAAACAUGUUUGGGGGGAGACAAAUGUAUGCAUACCCCUCUUAUUGUUAAAUGUGGUUAUUUUGGAACAUGAAGAUUAUCCUCAGCUA